UAGGAUAGGUGUGUCAGUACAAGAUGGAGACACAUCAGCCGAAGCAGAUUCUUGCCAAAGUCAUAUUGCUCGGUGAUUCAAAGGCUGGAAAAAGCAGCUUGUUUUACCGUAUAAAGCACAGACAGUUCAGGGGCAGUAGUCGCGGUACUGAUACAAUGACUGAUGGUCCAACAUUUCCAAUGAAUCAACUCACACAAACUAGAGGAUAUGAUUCCUGCAGUCGCUCUAUACUUGCAACUCCCGAAAUACAAGUUAAUUUAACAAUAAUGGACAGUGUCCACUCAAAUGUGAGAGGGCAGUCCCUGAGCGCUCACUUCUAUAGGAGGAUUCAAGCAGUCAUUCUAAUCUGUAGUCUUGACAAUGAGCAUUCACUUCAUAGGCUCACUCACUGGAUUCAUGAGGCACAAGUUUAUAUCAAGGAUCCAAAACCUGUUUUUAUAAUUGCCGGAACAAAGUCUGACAUUGACGAUACAAAGAGAGAAAUAUCAACAGAGGCACUCUACAAUUUUGGCAGUUUUCAUAAUGACAUACCAGUUUUUGAGGUAUCGGCUAAAACCGGUCACGGUGUCACAAACAUGCUCAAAAGUCUAGCCGAGAGACUCGCCGAUCAAAGGAUACGCUCGGGACGAGUGUCAAACCCUUCAAACCGUCAAAGUAGGCACCAGUUAUCAGAGAGAGAGCCUCUGGUUGGUGGUGAUGAUACUAAUGAGCAACAGUGGUCUAGUGCCCAUGGAUAUGUGGAUCCCAAAGAUGUUGAUGAUAGAUGCUGUGCUUGUGUCAUUUUGUAAACUAUCGACUGCUGCUCCUUGCUUUUUUAAAAAAUCAACUGUUUAUACAUAUAUGAUAAUAUUUUGUUCGUGCAUGUUGCCUGUCUUUUUGUUAUAAUUAUAUCAUUUUCAAAUAAUAAUGACAAUACCAGAAGAACGCAUAUACUCAUACUUUUGUACUCACUCUUACAUAAUACACGUAUUCACUAAUCUUGACAUUACAUGCAUUAUGCAUUAUCACUCAUCCCUUUUUGAUAGAAAAAUGGAAUUCUUUACUGCA